GGAGCUGUCACUGAGCUUGCUCGGGUCUCCCGCGGCUCGGGUGGAUUAGACACCUCUUGCCUUUCCGCCCCGCCUCCCUCUGCGCACCCCUCCCCGCUGGCCGGCUGGCGGCCCGAGACCGCGGAGCAUAGAGCACGAGCGGCUAGAGAGGAAGCGCCGAGGGCGGGAUAACCAUAGAGUACGCGUCCGGACACAGCCGGAUAGUCGGUCUCUUUUCUCAUCCGUCCACUCAAAAUCCUCUGGCGGCUGAGCCGGGUCGGAAACGGAAGUGAGGGAGGACAGCAGCAAGGAUCAGAUGUUCGCAUGCGCAGAUUGUAAUAUUUACUUCCGCCCGGCCUAGAUUGGCGGAGGGGAGGGUUCGCACGUGGGAUCCUCUGCACAGGGCUUACCGAAGUGGAUCCUAGGUGAUCUUUGGGGGCGACCUUAGAGGCGAGGAUGUGGGGCCCAGCUACUGGCCUUGCUCCGCGACUGACGUGGUCAGUUUUGGCAGCUGCUGGUCGCUUUAGUACUUUGAGGUCGGGAACAACUAAGCGGAAGGACUUGCCGGCGAGGAACCGCCGUGGAUUGUCUGACUUCUCCCCCCAGCCUUUACCCUAUACCGAUUUGGAGGAAUCUCCUUGGUGGAUGUCCAAGUGCCGCUCAGAGCCCGGGCGUUACAUAACCAGUCGGAAAUUGGCUGAGACCCUGAUAAAACUUGUGCGGACGAAACGAAAAAAUCCUGAACAGCUAUUCCUGGAGUGCAAUCCAGGUCCUGGAAUCCUGACUCGAGCAUUACUUGAAGCUGGUGCCAAAGUGGUUGCCUUAGAAAGUGAUAAAACUUUUAUUCCACAUUUGGAGUCCUUAAGGGAAAAUAUGGAUAGAAGACUAAAAGUGGUCUACUGUGACUUCUUUAAAAUGGAUCCUGACAAUUGUACAAUAGCAAAACCGCCUGUUUACGUUUCAAAUGAGCUUUUUAAAGAUUUAGGAAUACGAGCAGUUUCUUGGAAAGCAGGUAUUCCUUUAAAAAUCGUUGGAAUUUUGCCAUUUAGAAGUGAAAGAAACAUACUUUGGAAACUUUUAUAUGAUCUGUAUUCCUGUACUUCUAUAUAUAAAUACGGACGAGUAGAACUAAAUAUGUUUGUCAGUGAAAAAGAAUACCAGGAGCCUUGGUCGUCAUUUGAUAUAUACCCCCAAAAUGGGCAGCUGGAAAAGCUAAAGCACAGGGAACCAUUAGAACCAAUACAACAGAACCUGUAUUUUAUUCAAAUGACUCCUCGAAAAACUUUAUUUACAGAACAGUUGACUCCCGUUAACUAUGAUGUAUUUUUUCAUAUGGUAAAGCACUGUUUUGGGAAGCGCAAUGCCAAGCUAGUAGACCAUUUACAUUCAUUGAGUCCAGUUGAUGCCAAGCAUAUAUUGAGGCAAAUAAGAAAAAAUGAAAAUGUGAAAACAAUUAAUAUGUAUCCUCGAAACUUUAAACAACUCUUUCAAACUAUACAGUGUUCAGAAGAUUAUGCCCAUAAAUGGCUGUGUAAUGAGAACCUGGAAGACUCAGCCAUGUAGGGAACAGAUUGUCAGAAUGUUAGCUGAAGCAUUUUAUUUGUAAACAAAUGAAAAAGAACUAAGUUUGAAAAGUUCAUAUCCUUUCAACAAGAUGACUGUUCCUUUUGAGCACAGACUAGGCAAAUAAUCUCUUCUGUCGAUACCAUUGAUAUUAGUGAUGGCUUCUGUUUUUUUCACAACAGAAUAAAAUGGAAAUUUCAGUUGAUUAUGGAUUUCAUCAGAUUGUCUUUUGAAAAAAAUUCCUAUGUACUGUAGCGUUGGGAGUAUAAUAUAAGGUGGUAUAAGGUAUGCUUAGUAUGAGCAAAGCCCUGGCUUUGAUCCCAAGUACCAAAAAAUAAGUUCUUAUGUGCUUGUACUUAUAGGUUAUUACCAGUUGAAAUAUAGUAACUUACAUCAGCACUUUCACUGGUGCUGAUUUUUGCAUAUUCAUGGUGGGCAAAUGAAUUUGGAUAUUAUUAAGUUUAGAAAGUAAAUUAAACUAAUUUAAGUGGUUUGUUUUACCUUUCUGGUUGUUGAAAUGUAUUAUCAAAUGCUGUACAAUGAAAUUACUUAAAUUCUAAUUGUUUCAUUAUUUUUAGAAAUUAAAAUAUUUUAAGUAACA